AUGGUGUACUAUUACCGAAGCGAAAGCGAAAACGGACAAUCAUACGCGGUUAUUCUGGGUAAGGACAAAUUUGAAAACGAUAUGCUCAUAAAACAUGGAUUCAAGGAGCUCAACUACGUGUGGUUCCAUGCAGACAAGUUUUCCAGUGGCCAUGUUUAUUUGAAACUGAAAAGUGAUGAGAAGCAACUAGCUGACGUGCCCAGCGAGGUUGUCAAUGAUUGUUUACAGCUUUGCAAGGCAAAUUCCAUCCAAGGAAACAAAAUGUCUCAAUGCACCAUUAUCGCUACUCCCUGGAUCAAUUUGCGAAAAAACGGUACCAUGAAACCAGGCGAAGUUGCAUUCAAAUCCCUGCGAAAAAUUCAAAAAUUGCAGUGCUAUGCGCGCGAUACAAAACUUCUGAACAAACUGGAUAAAACUCGGCUGGAAGUUGUGGAAAAUGUGGAGCUCUGGUUACACGAAGCUAAAAAGACCAAAGACCCGGAGUUUUUCGAGGUUUACUUGGCAAAUAAUGCGGACAUACUUUUACAACAAGAACAAGAAAGGAAGCUCGAGAAAAAAAGGGCAAAGAAGAAAGCGACUACAGAAACGUAG